AUGACGACCUCCGCACUCCGGCGCCAGGUGAAGAACAUCGUGCACAACUACUCCGAGGCAGAAAUCAAGGUGCGCGAGGCCACCAGCAAUGACCCCUGGGGCCCCCCUAGUUCGCUCAUGUCCGAGAUCGCUGACCUGACCUUCAACACAGUGGCCUUCACCGAGGUCAUGGGCAUGCUGUGGCGGCGGCUCAAUGACAGCGGCAAGAACUGGCGGCACGUGUACAAGGCUCUAACAUUGCUGGACUACCUGCUCAAGACGGGCUCCGAGCGGGUGGCCCACCAGUGCCGCGAGAACCUCUACACCAUCCAGACACUCAAGGACUUCCAGUACAUCGACCGCGACGGCAAGGACCAGGGCGUCAACGUGCGCGAGAAGGUCAAGCAGGUGAUGGCCCUGCUCAAGGAUGAGGAGCGGCUGCGGCAGGAGCGAACCCAUGCUCUCAAGACCAAGGAGCGCAUGGCACUGGAGGGCAUCGGCAUUGGCAGUGGGCAGCUGGGCUUCAGCCGCCGCUACGGCGAGGACUACAGCCGCUCCCGGGGCUCCCCGUCCUCCUACAACUCCUCCUCUUCGUCACCCCGCUAUACCUCCGACCUGGAGCAGGCCCGGCCUCAGACGUCAGGGGAAGAGGAACUGCAGCUGCAGCUGGCCCUAGCCAUGAGCCGCGAGGAGGCAGAGAAGCCUGUCCCCCCAGCCUCCCACAGGGACGAGGACCUGCAGCUGCAGCUGGCUCUGCGCCUGAGCCGGCAGGAGCAUGAGAAGGAGGUGAGGUCCUGGCGGGGUGAUGGCUCCCCCAUGGCCAAUGGUGCAGGGGCCGUGGUCCACCAUCAGCGGGACAGAGAGCCUGAGAGAGAAGAGAGAAAGGAGGAGGAGAAGCUAAAAACCAGCCAGUCCUCCAUCCUGGACUUGGCUGACAUCUUCGUACCUGCCCUGGCCCCGCCCUCCACACACUGCUCUGCUGACCCAUGGGACAUCCCAGGUUUUAGGCCGAACACAGAGGCCAGUGGCUCCUCCUGGGGGCCUUCUGCAGACCCCUGGUCUCCGAUCCCCUCAGGAACCGUCCUGUCCCGAAGCCAGCCCUGGGAUCUGACUCCCAUGCUCUCCUCCUCUGAGCCCUGGGGCAGGACCCCAGUGCUGCCUGCUGGGCCCCCCACCACAGACCCCUGGGCCCUGAACUCUCCCCACCACAAACUCCCCAGCACUGGGGCUGACCCUUGGGGAGCCUCCCUGGAGACCUCCGACACACCUGGUGGUGCCUCGACCUUUGACCCAUUUGCCAAACCUCCAGAAUCCACAGAGACCAAGGAGGGGCUGGAGCAGGCCCUGCCCUCUGGGAAGCCCAGCAGCCCUGUGGAGCUGGACCUGUUUGGAGACACCAGCCCCAGUUCCAAGCAAAAUGGCACGAAGGAGCCAGAUGCCCUGGACCUGGGCAUACUAGCGGAAGCACUAACCCAGCCAAGCAAAGAGGCCCGAGCUUGCCGGACUCCCGAGUCCUUCCUGGGCCCCUCAGCUUCCUCCUUGGUCAACCUUGACUCGUUGGUCAAGGCACCCCAGGUUGCAAAGACCCGGAACCCCUUCCUGACAGGUCUCAGCGCUCCGUCCCCCACCAACCCGUUCGGCGCGGGCGAGCCGGGCAGGCCGACGCUAAACCAGAUGCGCACCGGGUCGCCGGCGCUGGGCCUGGCAGGCGGGCCUGUGGGGGCGCCCCUGGGCUCCAUGACCUACAGCGCCUCUCUGCCCCUCCCGCUCAGCAGCGUGCCAGCUGGCUUGACCCUCCCCGCCUCGGUUAGCGUCUUUCCGCAGGCCGGAGCCUUCGCACCUCCCCCAGCUGGCCUGCCGCAGCCGCUGCUGCCCACGCCGAGCUCAGCCGGGCCGCGGCUCCCGCCCCCGCAGACCGGCACCAACCCCUUCCUCUGAGCAGCGCCCCGUCCCAUACCGGCCUGCGCCUGCGCCUGCGCCCGACGCCCCGCGGCCCCGCCUUCGGACCCGGGGCUGGGCGGGGCGCCGCUGCUAGUGGAACGCCGAGCCAGUGGCGGCUGGGAUCCCGCAACGGCUCUGGAAGCUGGACGCGGACCACGGCCCGGGAGCUAGAAAGUGAACGCCCGCAUAAUAAAGACUGGAACCCUCGUUCUCAGCUCUCACCAAGUGGACUUUUUGCGGGGUGUGGCGGCCGGGUCUCGACCACAGCGUGGAUCACCGGCUGUUUAGGAAACUGCAGCUGCACAACGUGGGGUGCAAAACUGCCCCGCUUCCUUUACAGCUCUUCUCAACCCUCACCUCCAUCCCCCGUCACCCAGGCACCUUCGCUUCCAGAUGCUGCCAGGCUGUCACUCAAUUCGGUCACUUCACUCAUUUAUCACACAUGGGCACUGGGGUUGGGCUAACAGCGAGAGACAAUAGGCCUUUGUUCCUAUUUAUUGGGUACUGCUUAUGUGCUAAGCAGAUCAGUUUAUUUAAUGCUUGCAACGACUCUCUGAGGUGGAAAAUAUUGUUAAUUCCGUUCAGGAUCCCGUCUACAUAAUCUGUGGGGCUCAAUACAAAAUAAAAAUGUAGGGGCUCCUUGUUCAAAA